GGGCUCUUGACACGGGCAGAUGUAGCUCAUUUCAAUAACCUACGCUAACUUUAGACCCAGAAAAUAUCUCAUAUUUGUGAAAGUGUUUGGAUGCUUACUGACUUUGUCAAAACUUGGAGUUACCACUCUGGUGGGAUGAAGGAUAGAGAGAGUUUCUAACGUUUUGCUGGGACUCCUAAAAACAGGCAGCAGCCAAAUUUUUGACUACAAGGAUGACUUCCAGCGUGACCCCGCAGCAACUGUCUACCUCCAUGAUCACUCAGAACAACACACCAACCACUAAAUCUGAGCCUGAAUCUUCAGAGUUUCGCAUUACCCUGAUGGUCAUCUACUCUGUAGUUCUGCUGUGCGGUACUGUCAGCCUGAGCCUGAUGAUGCACAUCUUGAAGUCCAGUGCUGCAUCUGCCACCUCCAUUACCGUGUUUAACCUAAUUUUUGCCCACUUCAUCUUCCUUCUGACAGUGCCCUUCAGAAUUUACUAUUACGUAACCAACGAGUGGAAGUUGGGCAUCGAGUGGUGUAAAACGGUGAGCGCGAUGAUCCACAUUCACAUGUAUGUGUCUUUUUUGCUCUACAUGAUCAUCCUCGUCACUCGCUUGUGGCCACACUACUGCAGGGCUAGGCAGGUGGAAUCCUUAGGCAGAAUGCAAGCACUCAUUGGCAGUGUAGUGUUGUGGGUCAUUGUGCUCAUCGUAGUCUCUUGCAUCAUUUUUCGUUUUUAUGGCAAGACAGAAGAAAAUAAAAAUUCCACUCAUUGCUUUCAUUUUGCAGAAAGCAUGAAUUCUGCCAAAGAGCUGAACUACAUAUUAAGUAUACUGGUGAUAGUGGUAGGUGUUGUGUUGACAGCCCUUCAGGCCAACGUCCUGUGGACUCUAUACAAAAGGGAUCGCCAGGGAUGCAGGUCUCAGCAAGACUUUGGGGCUCAACUGAAGAGUCUCUGCUUCACACUGAUCAUGCUGAUCUGCUUCGUUCCCUACCAUAGUUUCCGGCUGUAUUACAUUGGGCAACCUGAGCUUGAACCUGUCAAUGAAGUCUUACUGAGCCUGACCACUUUCAACUGUUUGGACAUGUUGACCUUCUUGGGGAGGAGAACACUCCACAUAUGCUUAAGGAGUAGGACUGUGUGAACACAGCGUCUACAAUAACUGCGGAUGUGCAUACAGGAGACAAACUGAUAUAAGAUGUUGGCAUGUGUUUCUUUUUUAUAUUUCUUGUUGAUCUACAUGAUUAGUGAAUUUAUUUGAUAUCAAAUUAUGAUCAUUUUGCCUGCUUCAUUAUCUAACCCAGCGUUUCCCAACCUUGGUCCUCAAGGCACACUGCCUUACAUGCUUUAGAGGUUUCCCUGCUUUAAUGUGCCCAAUUCAACUGAUUGCAGUUCAACAAACCCCUGUUAAUCAGUCAUCAAUUAAAAUCAGCUGGACUGAAGCAAGGAAAUACCUAAAACAUGCAGGGCAGUGUGGCUUGAGGACCAGGGAUGCAGGUCUCAGCAAGACUUUGGGGCUCAACUGAAGAGCCUCUGCUUCACACUGAUCAUGCUAAUUUGCUUCGUUCCCUACCAUAGUUUCCGGCUGUAUUACAUUGGGCAACCUGAUCUAAAAAUAUUAUUUCAGCUGAUGAUAAUGAUUAUUAUUAUUAUUAUUAUUAUUAUUAUUAUUAUUAUUGAAGAAAUGCUUGCUUGUUGAAUUAAAAAAAAAGUUUUCACCAGAGAGUAUGAACUCAGGUCCAGUUUUGAUAUUGUAUUUAUGAAUAGCAUAAAUGUAUAUGUUGCCAAGUAAUAAAUGCAGUCUGAAAACUA